AUGGAUCAAAUUAAAAAAAUGUGGUUAUUGUUUUCAGUGUCUUUUGUAAUUAAUUCUCAAGCUUCACCAGAAAAUGCUCAGACAAAGCAAGAUGCAUCAUCUGUGGUUAUUGCUACUGAGUACUAUAAUAUGGGAUCCAAUGAAGAGGCUGUCUACUUACCCUUCCCUGAUGAUUCUAAAUAUCUCCAAGACGUGUCUUCAGAUUUACGUGAAAUCCAGUUUACCCUUAAAGAGACAUUGUGUCUAAAAUCAGAGACCCAAACUCCUGAGCACUGUCUAUUUCGAGACAAUGGUGCAAUACAAGUCUGUACAGCUCAGUUUGAUGAGAAGAAUAAUCUAGAUAACAUGACGUGCAAUGCUGUUGUUAAGAAAUCUCGCACAAAAAGAUGCCACAAGAAACCCAAAAAGAAACCUAAAAAGAAACCCCUAAAGAAAUUCAAAAGGAAGUCUAAGAGAUAG